UUUCUACUUCCACUUGCUCACACUCCAAAUCUGAGAUUCUCCCUCACUCUCACAAGUCACAAACACAAAAACACUACAGUUCUUCUACUUCUUCUGCUGCUCCUUCCUUCCUUCCUUCCACUACUCUAUCCGCAAAGAAAUCUAGUCUGGUUUGCAGAGAGAUCAGAAGAAGAAGAAAAAUGGGUUCAGUUUCUCUGAAAGUAGGAGAAGGUACAGCAAGAUUUAAAAAAUCAACACUAUGUUCAUCAGCUUUAAAUCUUAUCAUGCUCUUCUCAGUUCUAACUACAAAUCUCUUUGCACUCUAUGCAUUUAAAUACUCAGGAUCAAAACCCCAUCAUCCAAAUCACUCACACAAAAACAUUUCUUUGAUUUCAGAACAUGUUAGUCUAAUCUUAAGAGAAAUCAAUUUCUCUCAGAAGAAAUUAGCUAAAAUGGAGAAAGAAUUACUGGGUUAUGACACAAUUGAUAUCACAAAAACGAAUUUAGCUAGUGAACUGAAAAUCUUCUUACAGCAUCAGUCAUUACCAUUAGGUAAAGAUUCAAGAAGUGGUCUCACAGAGAUGGUGUCAUCAGUUGGUCAUACUUGUCUGAAAUCUAGAGAUUUGUUGUCUGAUUAUAUGAAUUACAAAGUUGAUGAUGUUUGUCCCGAUGAUUGGAGUUUAGGACAGAAAUUGAUACUCCGAGGUUGUGAGCCAUUACCAAGACGAAGAUGUUUUACCAAAUCUGUUCAUAAAGUGGGGAUUUCUUCAUUUCCGUCUUCUCUGUGGAAACAAGUAAGUGAUAAAAUAGCUACUUGGAGUGGGCUUCUUUGUAGGAAUUUUAAGUGUUUGAAUAGUAAGAAAAUUGGUGGUAAUUGUAAUGGUUGUUUUGAUUUAGUUAAUGGAACUGAAAGGAAUAGAUUUGUUAGAGUUAGAGGGAAGAAUGAUUUCCUCAUUGAUGAUGUGCUAGGUCUUGUUGGUAAUGGUGGGAUUAGAUUGGGGUUUGAUAUUGGAGGUGGUUCUGGUACUUUUGCAGCUAGAAUGGCUGAAAAAGAAGUUACAGUCAUUACUUCAACUCUAAAUGUUGAUGCACCUUUUAAUGAUUUCAUUGCUGCUAGAGGAUUGUUUCCAUUGUAUUCGAGUUUGGAUCAGAGAUUUCCGUUUUAUGAUAAUGUGUUUGAUUUGAUUCACGCUGCGAAUGGGUUCGGCGACGGAGGUAAAGUCGAGAAAUUAGAGUUCUUGAUGUUCGAUUUAGAUCGGAUUUUAAGACCUGGUGGUUUGUUUUGGUUGGAUAAUUUCUACUGCGUCGACGAAGAACGGAAGAUCAAUUUGACGAAAUUGAUCGAGAAAUUUGGUUACAAGAAGCUUAAAUGGGUUAUUGGUGAAAGAUCUGAUGGUUCUGGGAGAUCUCAGGUUUAUUUAUCAGCAAUCUUACAGAAACCAGUUAGAGUAUGAUGAGUUCAAAACUCAGUGGCAAAUUGUUAUGUUUUUCAUUUCAAUAUUUUUCGUUUUCGGCACCAAAUUUCUGUGAAUUCAUUGUCUUAAUCUUAUGAAAUCAAUAAGUUUUUUUUUUUUUACCUGAAUCCCACAAUGUAUUAGAAAUGGUUGAAUCAUCUUUGCAAUCUAGGUCUGGUAGAUUGUAAUGUACUCCAA